UGGUGCUAACGCAGAUGCAGCCGUGCAGGAACUACCUGAAGUCGGGCGGCAGCGUCCCGGCCGACUGCUGCAAGGGCGUCAAGACGCUCAACAGCACCGCCACCACGCCGGCCAAGAAGAGGCAAUUCUGCGACUGCCUCAAAUCUGAGGCCAAAUCUCUAGGCGUCAACUCUCAAUAUGCUUCAAGCUUGCCUAAGAAAUGUAGUGUUAACCUUCGAUACCCAAUCAACUACAACUUUAACUGUUCCAGUAUACAGUGAGUUGUGGACGUACGUUGCAGCACCCUAUAUUAUAUGUUGGUUGAGUGAAUGUGUUUUUUUUUUUUUUUGGAAUGUGUGAUUUUGGACUUUGGAGGAUGGCUAAAAGUCGCACAUGGUAAUAACCCAUUAGGGUUAUGUGCUAAUUAUAUUUUCGAUUUUUAAUAUUGAAAUUCAGCCACGGUUCUUGUGUGGGCGGCUGUAAUAAGACAUGCUGUUUAGUUUAUUUGUACUCUAUAUCAGUUUUAUUUUAUGCA